CAGGUCAAAAUAACGUAGUAGUAAAGCUUGUUAGGAUUGAACGGCGUGUCGCAGUUGAUGUUGUGGUGAAGUUUAUAUUUUUUUAAGGAUCCUGGCAUUAACAAAUAGGCGGGUGUCUGAGUCUUCGUGGUGGUUUGUAAUGUAUGAAUGGAUAGUUGAUGGACUGUCGUCGCUGUUUGUUCCGUUUUCCGUGUUUUCUGGAGGGAAUUCUCCGAGCUGGCCUACGGACGGUAACCCGCCGCCGCCACCACCACCACCACGAGACGCAGUCACUUCAGAAACGCAACAACAGGAAAAUUACCGUCCUGCCAAACGAAACUAUCAGAGUGUCCACUCUCCUGAUGGUGUAUCAGAGCACCUGGAAAUCAAAAGACCGAGACGAGAUGUGAUCAUCCGAGUUGUCAAGAAGACUUUCGCCGGGAUCGCAGGGCUGCUCCGUUUGCGACAACGCAAGCCUUGCCGUUAUGAAAAAGAGAGAGAUUGUAGAGGAACGCAGAUCGGACAUGUUGCUCUAGUGGGAAUUGACGAAAUUCACAGCAACGGCCUAAAUAAGUGGACGAUUGGUGGGGAUGUUAAAAUGGAGAAACAGAGAGAAAUGGGGCUGAGUGGUAAAGAGAAGAGCGUGCCAAACUUCUGCGUAGGUGCCCAGCCACCGAUGAGGAAACCUGAAAGCGGAUCGUUGUUAUUUAUGGGAAAUCAGGACAGGCAGAGAGAGCGUCCACACAGAAGGUCACUGCACCUGCUACCGUCACGCCCUGUCCUCCCUGAGACUGGUCCAGCCGGCCGCGCACACAAACCCUGCCUCGCCGUGGAGGAGGUAGGGUACACGAGGCAGACAAAAACCGCCCUGAAGGAAAGUGACAGAGAGCAUUACAGAAAGCUGGUGGAGAUGGUGUCUGAGAAGUACUCAAAGAAUAAGCCAUUGCCAUUUGGACGAGUGAAACCGGCAAUCACAACUUUUCCUCAUGGCCGUACUACUCCUGAAAUCAGCAAACCUACACCAAUCAAAGUAAACCCUCAUGCACCAGUGUGGAGGAAUUCCACUUUAAUAAACCAUAUAAAGGACAGUGUACCAGUCAGUGACGUUGGGAGGAAGAAACCAGACCAACCUUCGAAUAAAAACAGGCCGUUAGACGUGGAUCUGUCCGUCGAGGUAGAAACCCGGCUGAACCUGAAGGACAGAGAGACUGCUGCAGUGUGCCAGUCGGCGCUUCAGAGCCGCUCCGAACCUCUUUUUGAUCCAGGGAAGCACCUGGAGGAGGAGUUUCCCAGACUGACCAAGGAGAUGCAGCAGGAGGUGAGUGCUGCUCUUGCACAGAGAGAUCCCGACCUAAUCCUGAGCAGCGCUUUCAAACUGCGCAUCACACAGAGAGAUCUGGUAACCCUGCAGGAGGGAAGCUGGCUCAACGACGAGGUGAUCAAUUUCUACCUUAACUUGGUGAUGGCACGGACAGAGCAGGAAGCGGGCGGGAGGAAGGUGUACUGCUUCAGCACCUUCUUCUUCCCUAAGCUGCACGGGGGCGGUCACGCUGCUGUGCGCCGCUGGACCAAGGCUGUCGAUCUCUUCCUCUACGACAUCAUCCUCAUCCCCCUGCACCUAGGGGUCCACUGGUCUCUUGCCGUUGUUGACUUCAGAGCGAAGUCUGUGAGGUCGUAUGACUCCAUGGGCCAGCGGCAUGAUGACAUCUGUAACCUGAUACUGAUGUACAUGAAGGAGGAGUACGAGGUCAAAAAAGGCAAAGAUCUGGAAAUCUUAAAGUGGACAGUGACUAGCUUGCGAGCCACUGAAGUUCCUCAGCAAAAGAACGGAAGUGACUGCGGGGUGUUCGUGUGCAAGUAUGCUGACUACAUCGCACGUGGACGUCCCUUUACCUUUAGACAGUGUCACAUGCCGUAUUUCCGUAAAGUGAUGAUCUGGGAGAUUCUGAAUCAGAAGCUGCUACAGCAGUAGGAGGAGGGGAAAAAUAAUAAAUGAACUAAACUUGACCUGACCAAAGCACCAGACCACACAACGUUCAUCCUCCACGUUUCUCUACAGACGUCUGCUUCUGUUCAACCCUCAAACCCGUCCGGUUUGUUUAGACGGGCGAUGGUGUUUAAAUCACAGGGGUGUGUGUGGAUUCAGAGGGAUGAAGGUUUGUGUUAGAUGGUGAGUCACAUAAUCAGUACAUGGAAGUUUUUGUUCUAACUGCUUUGUUAAUGAAGCAUUUGUCAUUCCUAGAAUUGUCUUAUCACCCCUAGGGGUGUGUGCGUGUGCAUGUGUAUGAGGUUGUUGUGCUCCUUCUCUUGAUUUUGAGAUGUGAUUAAAGGAGUAUUUGAAUGUACACUAAUGUAAGAAGUGCAGGGCCCGUCAAUUUUUUCCCUCAAGUGUGCUGAACCUAUUGUAUUAUUAUUAGUAUUAUUAUUAUUAUUAUUAUUAUUAAUUUUUUUUUUUUUUUUUUUACCACCAAUUUUGAACAAGGGGGGGAAGAAAGGAGGAAAAUUGUGUACUUAUUCCCACGAGAGUGUGAGUCUUAAUUCAAUUGGAUGUAAAAAUGUUAUUUUUUCUUUCCCAGCAACCACAGAUAAUGACUGAAGUGAAUGUAUGUGAGAAUUGAUGGUACCUGAGCUGCCGAUUGCAGUGAAAGCAGCAGUAUUUAUUGCGUGUGGUUGAGUCCAGAGUGCCUUGAUGAUGGCUUUUUGUCCGCAUUUUUUUUUUUUUCUAAAUCUACAGGAGUCAAAUAGAUUUACUAAAAUACACUACUUGAGUGCUACUGGAGGUGUGUGUGUGUGUGUGUGUGUUUGCCUGAAAUGAGACAUUACAGAGGUAUGUACAAUAUGAUAAAACGGAUACCUGUUUUUAUAUAUUCGACUUGGAUGAUAUGCUAUAUUUGUAAUGCAAGUAUUGUUUUGUUUUUUUUCCAAACUGGAAGUGUAAUGAAUGCCAAACAGACAUGGUUAUGGUUUUAGUUCUCUAAUAGUGCAUGGUCAAGGAAAGCCCUUUAAAAGGAGCAACAAGUAGCAUUAUUUAUCUCUGGCCUGCCAAUUGUAUUAUUGCAUUACGAGAAACAGCUUUUUUUUUUUUUCUUCUUUUUUUUUUUUUUUUUUCUCCCCUUCCUCCCACCUUCCAAAAACAUGCCAGUAGGUGGAUUGAUGAUGCUAAAUUGCCUCAAGGUGUAAAUGUGUGUGUGUGCAUGGUGUCCUGCAAUGUACUGGCGUCCUAUCCAGAGUGUUUUGUCCUGCUUCGCUCGCAGUAUUCCCGGGAUAGACUCCGGAUCCGGAGAUACCAUGUCCCUGAUCCGGUUUACUGAAGAUGUAUGAAUGAAUCAGUAUAUUUGUUUAAUGUCUGGCUGUUGCAGAAUCCAUAUUCAGCAACAUUUUCAUGACCAUCAUCUCUCACCACCGUGCAACAUUCCUUGUUCUCUGUGUGCGAUGUGCUUUAAUCCAGAUAUUUCAGAUUUUAUCGAAAAUCUUUGCUCCUUUUUGCUCCUUUCUUCUCUAAUGCAAACUUUUAUCUAUGACCUGACACUUUUGUUUGUUUAAGCUGGACUAUUAGUGUUAUCUGACUUGUUCGUGUGUUUGUGAUGUGUAAGAUUGAGGAGUGUGUGUGUGUGGUUUAUACAUUUAACUGAGAUUUCGAGGCCUACUGUAUAUGCGCUGUUCUUUUUUUUGUUGUUCAUGCAGAAUGUUGUUGUUUAUUUUUAUAAAGAAUAAAGUGCUGGAGGGAAAACA